CUCUUGCGGUGAUUUGGAGACUGCGCAUCUGGAUUUCUUGUACAAAGGAAUUGCUGGAGUAUGCAAAAAGGAAAGAGUGCCCUGAGGAAAGCUGAGAUAUAUUGAUAAGCCACUGAUGGGACUUUACAACUCAAGUCACUAGGCAAACCUCUUGACAAAGAAGGGGCUUAGGGAAACAAUACAAACUGAAGCAAAAUGAAGAUACCUAUUCCCUUCAGCUUUGCUGGUUGCAUUUUUAAAAUACUCUGGAUCCACCUCUCCAUUUUUCACCCAACCUCAGCUCCGCCACCACCGACCUUAAGGCUUCCAGAAGACACACCAGGCAGAGAACUGAUCCCAUCACCCAUCAUUAAGUUUCCAGGGGACAUUUCUCCCAAAACAGACAAAGAACUGGCAUUGCAAUACCUCAAUAAGUAUUACGGAUGCCCCAAAGACAACUGCAAUCUCUUUGUGCUGAAAGACACUUUGAAGAAAAUGCAGAAAUUCUUUGGGCUUACUCAAACUGGAGAGCUGGACCAAAACACCAUAGAAACGAUGAAGAAGCCCCGUUGCGGUAAUCCGGAUGUGGCCAAUUAUAAUUUCUUCCCGAGAAAACCAAAAUGGGAGAAAAAUCUUGUCACAUACAGGAUUUUAGGCUACACCCCAGAUCUGGACUCUGAAACGAUCGAUGAUGCUUUUGCCCGUGCCUUUAAAGUCUGGAGUGAUGUCACACCGCUGGAUUUUUCCCGAAUUCAUGAUGGCGAAGCAGAUAUCAUGAUCAAUUUUGGACGAUGGGAGCAUGGUGAUGGGUAUCCAUUUGAUGGCAAGGAUGGUCUCUUGGCUCAUGCCUUUGCCCCUGGGCCUGGAGUUGGAGGUGACUCUCAUUUUGAUGAUGAUGAGCUUUGGACUUUGGGUGAAGGACAAGUUGUUAGAGUGAAAUAUGGCAAUGCGGAUGGAGAAUUCUGCAAAUUUCCAUUCCUGUUCAGUGACAAAGAAUACAACAGCUGCACUGAUGCAGGGAGGAGUGAUGGAUUCCUUUGGUGUUCAACAACCUACAACUUUGAUACAGAUGGCAAAUACGGAUUCUGCCCUCAUGAAUCACUUUUCACUAUGGGUGGAAACUCUGAAGGGCAGCCAUGCAAGUUCCCCUUCAAAUUUCAAGGCAGCACCUAUGACAGCUGUACCACAGAAGGAAGACAAGACGGAUACAGAUGGUGUGGAACCACUGAAGAUUAUGACCGAGAUAAGAAAUUUGGAUUUUGUCCAGAGACAGCAAUGUCAACAGUUGGUGGAAACUCUGAAGGAGCACCCUGUGUUUUUCCUUUCAUAUUCCUUGGGAAUAAGUAUGAUUCCUGUACCAGUUCUGGGCGUCAGGAUGGGAAGAUGUGGUGCUCCUCAACUAGCAACUAUGAUGAAGACCGCAAGUGGGGAUUUUGUCCAGACCAAGGAUACAGCCUUUUCUUGGUUGCUGCUCAUGAAUUUGGUCAUGCCAUGGGAUUAGAGCAUUCUGAAGAUCCUGGCGCACUCAUGGCCCCCAUCUAUACCUACACCAAGCACUUUCGGCUUUCCCAGGAUGACGUCAAAGGAAUCCAGGAACUUUAUGGGGGUUGGACUGAUGUUGGGCCAGGCCCUAGUCCAACACUUGGGCCGGUCACCCCUGAACUAUGUGGCCAAGACAUUGUGUUUGAUGCUGUCGCUCAACUCAGAGGAGAGAUCUUCUUUUUCAAAGACCGAUUCAUCUGGAGGACAGCAAACCAACGAGACAGGCUAACUGGUCCUUUGCUGGUUGCUACAUUCUGGCCAGAGGUGCCAGAAAAAAUUGACGCUGUCUACGAGGCUCCUCAAGAAGAGAAGGCAGUCUUUUUUUCAGGAAAUGAAUACUGGGUUUAUUCAGCUAGCACUUUGGAAAGAGGUUAUCCAAAGAGACUCACCAGUCUGGGGUUACCUCCUGAUGUGCAAAGUGUCAAUGCAGCUUUUAACUGGAGCAAAAACAAAAAGACCUACAUUUUUGCAGGGGACAAAUUUUGGAGGUACAAUGAAGUAAAGAAGAAAAUGGACCCUGGCUUCCCUAAGUUAAUUGCAGAUGCUUGGAAUGGAGUUCCAGACAACUUAGAUGCUGUGCUGGAUGUGAGCGGAAGUGGGCACAGCUACUUCUUCAAGGACUGGUACUAUCUCAAAAUGGAAGAUCAGAGUCUAAAGAUUGUUAAAGUUGGCAAUGUGAAAUCAGACUGGCUGGGUUGCUAAGUGAUGUAACAUCUUAAUAAUGUCAACAACAGCAACAAAAUCUACAUUUUAUAUUGUUUUGUAAAAGUCCUAUGUCUUACUUGCAAUUAGAGAUAGAUCUGUAUGCUAAUUCAUGGGCCAGUCUGGUACUGGUACCAAGUCACUAAGUACCACUACUUGACACAACUGUUUUUAUUAAAUCAUUUGGUUAAGCACACUUACUUGGAAGCAAGUUCCAUAAAAUGUAUGGAAUUUCCUUUUAAGUAGUUACAUUAAGGUCCCAUCUGUACUAUAUAUUUAAAGCAGUAUUAUACCACUUUAAACAGUCAUGGCUUCCCCCAAAGAAUCCUGUUGUUUGUUAAGGGUUCUCAGAGUUGUUAGGAGGUCCCUAUCCCCCUCAUAGAACUGCCAUUCCCAGAGUGGUUUAACACCCAAUUUAUCUGGGAAUUGUCUCUCUAUGAGGAAAAGAGGAGUGCCUAACUACUCUCAGCACCCUUGAAAAACUACAGUUCCCAGGAUUCUUUGCUGGUAGCCAUGGCUGUUUAAAGUUGUAUGAUGUUGCUUUAAUGUAUAGUGCAGAUGGGGCCUCAGAACUGGGGCACAGUAGGACGUUACUUCUUUUCAUUCAUUAAUUUAAGAAUUUUAGAACUUUUUGGCAGGCAACAAGAGAUGUUUACUUAUGUAGCCUGACACUUGCUACAUUUUUUUUUUUUUUUAGUUUUCCGCAUUUGCAGAUUGGUAGUAGUGACAGAACAGCAAUCUCUGCUUUCCUGGUUAUGAAGGAAGUCUCAACUGGGCAGAGAUCAGAUAUUUGAGCUUACCUAUAUAUAAAUAAAUUACAAAAUCCACCCUAUUUAGAGAGAGCUAGCAUGGUAAAGAGAAAGCUAGGGCCAAACAUUCUCUCUGGCAUGCCAGAUUUCCAUAUGUAGGGAGAUUUAUUUAUGUAUAUGGGAGAACAUUCAAAUACUCUCCCCACAUCUGUAGCUUGAAGUGAUACAGUCUAGCAACAGAUACUUCACACAUGACUGUUGAUGAUGUAACUUGGUUCUGACUGAGCAACUUGAUAUUCCAUGGAUUUCAAUGGGCCUUGGGAAGGCCACAGUGAUGUACACUACUCAUUUUGGAGCCCAAAUGUAAUGAUACUUGCUUUCCAAAUCUGAAAGCUACAUUUAAAAAAAAAAAGUUUCAAAAUCCAAGUCACCCUGCCCAGUCCUCAGAGUGCCUGAAAUUGAUGCUUGUCAUUUGAAAUGUUAUUAGUGCACAUGUAUCCAUCCAGAGGUACUCUCAAAACUACAACUCAGAUUUCACAAUUAAACAUUUAGAUUUGACAUGUGUACCUUCUUUUCUUACUAUUAUUUUUUAAAAAGCAUGCUUCCACAAGUUAGCCAAAAAGGAAACAUAGGGUUGCAUCUCAUGAAGUCCUACUCAGAGCAGACCCAUUAAACUUAAUGGGUCUAAGUUCGUUGUGCCCAUUAAUUUCAAUGGGCCUUCUCUGAGUGGGACUAAUGUUGGAUCCAAUCCAUUACUCUCUAACUAUGAAUGGCUCCAUCCUGGUCAUUUCUGGAUAGUUUUCUUUAUUCACAUUUCUUUAUGCACCGAUAGAGAAAGAUUGACAACAGAGGCACAGGUUGCUUGGGAAUUUCAUGGAACGUGAUGGGAUCCAAGGGGAGAAUUUUGUAUGAGAUGUAUUGUUUUAAAGUACUUUUUUAUUUGAAUGCCUUUACCCUAAAUUAGCAAUCUGCUUCAUACACUUUGUAAUCUACCACAAUCUUUUUUCUUCUUUUGUUUUUAAAAUAUGGGCAGGAAGACUCAGAUGUUUGAGGUCAUUGUGUUAUAUAGAAAUGCCACGUUUGGACAUUUUAACUUUGUUUCACUGUUCAGCCCUUUAGUAUAUCAAGGAGGUUUCUUUUUGCUCUGUGCCCAUCUCUUCUCUCUCCCUUACUUCCUCUCUUCUUUUUCUAGAUUUAAAGCAUCAGGCAAUGCAAAGUGUUCACAGUAAAACCUAAUGGAACAUUUAUGUUCAUACAGAAAAAAAAAUUUUAAUGGGAAAGUAAAAAUGCAUACAUGAAAUGUCAGUGGUAUAAAUAAAUAAAAUGAAAUAACAGUCCCAGCUGGUUUGCAUGUGGUCAAUUUCUGAAAUGAUUUGUGUGUCCAGGGAAAAUUGGGAUAGCAUGUUACUAGUUGCCCUUGAGGCAAUAAAACUGUGUUGUGCUGUACCAUGUAGGCAUAGGGGAGAAGUUCAAUGCAGUUUGCAUUUAAAGCAAAAUCUAUCAAAUUCACACUUUCUGAAGCAAUAUAACAACUAUAACAACAACUUUUGAAAUUCGCACUGGUCCAAACUUUGUGACGCCAUUCUCCAACCCAGCGUUUACAAAAAUGCAUAUAUUAGGGGGAAACGUGUGUAAAAUUUU